AUACCUUAACCAAUAAAGAAAUUAAAGAUAAAAAAAAAAUAAACUUCAUUUUACUGCUCAACCAACUGACAGAAAGAGCUCCUUAAUCCUUUCCCUUGCUCCUCAAAAGCCACGGUAAAUUCACUAAUGACAUGGACUGGUAUGAUUUCAGAACAACUGUAAGUGUACAACCUAGAUGUCCUUUUCCAUUCUCUCUAAGGAUAUUAGCAAUAUAUAUAUAAUGAUAAACAUGUUAUACAAUAUAAUAUAGAGAAUAUAAGUAACUAGUAGUUAAUUAUAUUCAUGAAUGUCUGUAACAAACUGAGAUUACUUCCCUAACAUAAGAGCCUGGGGAAAGUGAGACUAUCACAGCUUUCCUGAGAGCUCAGCCAUUUCAGUGUUGGUUUAGCCCACCUAUCGCUCCCACUAUCCAAUCCUGUCUUCUUGGGAACCUGACCUCCCGAUUGGCUCUCUCAUCCCUUUAAACUGCCUGCUUUGUGACAUCAUUCUCCCACCAAACCUACCACCACCUGGUAGAAUCUUGGGGUGCCCAUGGAGUUGUCCGUAAAUAAAUUUGGAUCAUUGCAACUGACCAGUGAUCAGUAGCUGGUGACCAGUGACCAGUGGCCAGUAUGACCAGUGACUUUCGUACUGGACACAUGUGCUCUUUGGCUUCAGCAACUGAGACAUCUUCAUUCCUCGCAUCUACAGUUGAUAUCUGCUCUUCUUCUCUGACCAUGUCAGAAGUUCCUGACAUUCCUCAGGUGCUGGCCUGCACUGAUCCCCUUGACCAAGAGGAGCAGCCUGGUUGUGACAACUGUGGUUUGGGAAAGAAUAGCCUGAGCCUUAACAACCAAGGGACACUUGAAAAUGGGACUGAAUCUAAUGACAGUUUUGCAGACAUCGCUACACUGGUGAAAGGUAUUCACCUUCCACAGGUCUUAACUUCCUUGGAUCAUCUUGAUCAGCUCCAAGGACCAAAGGUGUUCAAAACCAAAGACACCAGGGGCCUCAGGUUGCACGUAGUGCAGAAAAAGUCAAGUGUCAGAAAGACUCGCACUGAUCAAGGCUCGAAGAACAAACAUAAAGCCUCUGAGCCUAUCGCUGAUGCUCCCAAGGCCAAGAUCAAGCCCAAGAGCCCAGAUUGUGUGUUUGUGAGAGAAGUGGUUCUUUGCAAUGCUGCAGCCAGUGGCAUGGUUCCUGCAAACAUGGCCAAGCAUUCUAACAGCAAACCUCAGAAAGCUGCAGCCAGCAGGACCAGCAAAACUAAGAGCCAUGGGCUGGAAAAAAACAAAAGAAACAAAGAAAACUACUCCAAGAGAGCUGAGGAGAGGAAGCAGUCAGGGAACAAAGUCAAGGCAGAGGAGAAUCUAGCCAUUCCCAAGAUGAAGAGAAAGAAAAGUCAUCCUGAGCUGCCACAAGAGGCCAUCAAAAAGCCUCGCAGCAGCCUCUGUAUGCACAUGCUGGAGUCUGUGCAGGUUUUCCAUGCACUGGGCAAGAAGAGUGAUGAGAAAGCUGACCUGUCUUUCUUGCAGGCCCUGGGAAACUCAAGCAACCCCAAAGGCCCCCAGCCAGGCCAGGCUACCAAACUAUGGCUGGAUACGCCCCAUGAGGGCAAAGGUCCUGUGAAAACUCAAGUCAAACCCCAAAAACCACAUGGAAGUGCUGACCAAGGGUCUCCACCUCCACCCCAGGACCAGCUGCCUUCUCCCGGGAAGGUCAAGUUGGUGCCAUUGGUUUUUCCAACCAUGGACAAGCCUCAAGCUCGACCUGUUCCUCGCAGGCCACAGUCUCUGGCAUCACAUCGGCCUGCUGUGACCAACCCUGCCAAGCCUGCUGCAGUCAACGCAUCCCCGCCAACUCCUGCAUCUUUGACCUGUCCUGCCAGACCAGCUUGGCUAAUGUAGGACCACUCAGCCGCACCACAUUUGAACAACCCUGGCCGCCCUAGUGUCUGUCAGCCUCCUACUUCUGGGCCUGGGGCCUACAAAAUCUCAUCUUGUGCUUCUCCCCAGCGGGAGCCUGUUCAGUCUGCGUUGAGCCAGCCCCAGACCCCGCUCAAGCCUCACAAACACUAUCCACUCCAGGAUUUCGCCCUCCAACCAAUUCCAUGGAGGAAACCUGAGGUUCUGGGGCCAGUAAUGUCAACACCCAUCACCAAUGAGCAGAGGCCAGAUCGAGAGGCCAUGAAGAGGAAGGCUCAACUAGAGCGUGAGAAUGCUGCCAAAUUGGGGAAAAUGCAGCAUUUCACUGAGAGGGAAAAAGACAUGGGCAUUUCUCUGUACUAUGGCUAUGCAAUGUAG